UGGAAGCCACAUGUCUGUAGCAGCUGCAUAAAAGUCAGCCCAGCAGACCUAGGGUAAUAUUUUUUUGCCAAGAACCCAGGAGGCAUGGACCUCUCUCUCUUGUGGGCACUUCUGCCACUGAUCACCACGGCCUGGGGCCAGUAUGGUGACUACUAUGGAUACCCAUACCAGCAAUACCAAGACUACAGCGAUGAUGGGUGGGUGAAUCUGAACCGUCAGGGCUUCAGCUACCAAUGUCCUCACGGGCAGGUGGUGGUGGCCGUGAGGAGCAUCUUCAGCAAGAAGGAAGGCUCUGACAGACAGUGGAACUACGCCUGUAUGCCCACACCCCAGAGCCUCGGGGAGCCCACGGAGUGCUGGUGGGAGGAGAUCAACCGGGCUGGCAUGGAAUGGUACCAGACAUGUUCAAACAAUGGCCUAGUGGCAGGAUUCCAGAGCCGCUAUUUCGAGUCAGUGCUGGAUCGCGAGUGGCAAUUCUACUGUUGUCGCUACAGCAAGAGGUGCCCAUAUUCCUGCUGGCUAACAACAGAAUAUCCAGGCCACUAUGGUGAGGAUAUGGACAUGAUUUCCUACAAUUAUGAUUACUACAUACGGGGAGCGACAACCACUUUCUCUGCAGUGGAAAGGGAUCGCCAGUGGAAGUUCAUCAUGUGCCGGAUGACUGAUUAUGACUGCGAGUUUGAAAAUGUGUAGGUGUGCCACAUCUCAAAUCUGGUUGAAGGGAAAGGGUCCAGAAGCCCUGAGGGUGCCCACAUAUGUUCGCAUCAAUUGGAUCUCCGGUAGCUGUGUUUGCUGCUCUCUUCUUCCUGAGUUGGUGGCUCUGGAGCCAGCUCCCUGGGUCUUUCUGUCUAAUAUCACAUGUAUAAUUAAAUCUUCAAUUAAAUCAUGCUUCUCACUUUCAAUACAACUCCUAAGCUGCCAUUCUGUAGGACUGAGGAUGGCUUCCUUGCAUGCCACAAAUAAAGCAUGGACAUUCACUGCUUGCCUCCUGAAACACCUGCCACAGCCUGGCUUUUAUAACAAAAUGGCUGCACAUUCAGACAAUGGAGGGCAGG